AACAUGUAAGAUCAAUACUCUCAAGAACAUAACGCAACCAUGCCCAAAUACGACUCAUCAAUCCAUUCCGACUAUGGAAAACAUGCAAGGCUUUUUGGGCGUCAGAGGCCGAUGCACCAGGUUCUCGGAGGAGGAAAAGUUGCGGAUGUGUUACUGUGGAGAAACAAAGAAGUAUCAGCAGCAUUGUUGAUUGGGGUGACAGUGAUUUGGUUUUUGUUCGAGGUUAUUGAGUACAACUUUGUAACACUCGUAUGUCACGUUCUUAUGGCCACAAUGCUUGUGAUCUACGUAUGGGACAAGACUGUAGACUACUUGAACUGGAAUCCUCCGAACAUUCCUGAGUUUGUAUGGAAACAAGAAGCUGCCUUGAAAGAAGUCGCUUGGACUUUCCACAGCGGAUCCAAUCAGCUCUUGUCAGAGUUCCUCAACAUAGCUUGUGGAGCAGAUUUAGCAGUCUUCCUUUUGACAGUCGUUUCUCUAUACAUAUUGUCCCUGAUUGGAUCCUGUUUCAGCUUCCUGAAUUUCCUUUUCCUUGGCUUUCUCAGCCUUUUAACACUACCAUACCUGUACGAUCGGUACGAGGAUGAAGUUGAUCAUUUUGCUGGAACAUUGAGCUGGGAGGCAUACACAAAGUUUGAUUCAAAUGUUCUUAACAAGAUACCAAGAGGUCCGGUGAAAGACAAGAAACCCUUGUAAACCCUAAGAAGAAGACUCAGAUUCCCACAUGAAUGUAAAAAAGCUGUGAAAAUAUUAAUGUACAGGGCCAGGGAAUAGGCUUAGCUGAUCUACAUAUGGUUGAUAAUGAAAUAAAGUGACUUGGGAGCUCUCUAUAUAAAAAUUAAAAAUGAUU